AUGGUUACUGGCUUGAGACAAAUCUGGAGAAGGUACCACAAAACAAGCUCAAUUGGGCCGAAAUUCAAGAAUUUCGAAGAAAUUCGCAAGUAUGUUGAAACUCCACGAUGGUCUGUCACUGAAUUUCUGGAGCAAGGAUCCGGGGUGACAAGCCGCUCUUUGCCUUCAACAAGUAUAAUCGAACGCCUUUUGAGACUUUCGGGCUUACCAGUGCAGAACAUUGAGGAAUAUCGUGAAAUUUUGGGCAAACAGCUGAUGUUCUUGGACAAGCUAGAGACGCUGGACGUCUGCAAAGAAAUUGAUCCUAAACAUGCCAGACUUAUGGUUAGAGAAAAUAAGGCACUCGGCUACGAGGAGCUAAUGCAAUUGGCUCAAGACCAGCAUCAGGAUGAAAAAUUAGGCGAAACAAGUGGUUCGUGGGAGGGCGUCAAAUUUGCUAACGAAAGUAAACAAGGCUUCUACGUAUUACAUGAAGCCCUCAUGAAACGUCAAUGA